AUGGUUGGGAUGGGAGGUGUAGGCAAGGUGACACCCGCUCAACUUGUCUAUAAUGAUAAUAGAGUUGAAAAUCAUUUUGCUGUUAAAGCAUGGCUGGCCUGCCAGGAAGUAAAAAUUGCUGUCACAACUGGCAAUCAAAGUGUUUCAUUAAUGGUGAAGACUGGUGUGGAGUAUCUUUUGCAAAAGUUGUCAAACUAUCAUUUUUUGUAUAUAUUUGCUCAUCACUCUUUGGGAACAAAUGAUAUUGGCGUGCAUGAUCAAGAAUUAAAAGAAAUUGGUGAGAAGAUAGUUAAAAGGUGUGACGGAUUGCCUCUGGUGGCUAAAGUUCUUGGUGGCCUGUGGGGCGGCAAAUAUGACAUCAAUGACUGGAGGGACGCGCUAAAUAGUAAGAUAUGGAAUUUAUCAAAAGAGGAAUGUGAAGUUAUGUCUGCUCUUAAAGUAAG